AUGCCCUGGUUCAGCUCCUCUUGCGACGAGUCCGCUUGCGCUGCCGUAGACCCCAAUGCCCCAUCGACAGUCGGGCUGCUGUUCUCGCUGCUGCCCUUCAUAACCACUUUCACCGCCGUAGCCGCCGUUGCGAGCCAAAAGAUCUUUCCGAAGCUAGCGAGAGUACACGACGCCCACGAUGGCGAGGACCACUACCUACCGUCGCACGCGCCGCCCAGCCUGCGACAGGUGCACGCCGAACACGGACAGAAGAGCCCGAGGAGGAGGGCGGCGGCGAUUGUGUUUUCGAUAACCAUCGCGCUGGCCACGGUGCUGGGUGAGUUGAUAUUGAGCGAGAUUUCGGAUCUGGUCAGCCCCCGCGCGAGGGGAGUGGCGUUGCGCUUCACGGUUCCUACGCUCCUGGUGUUGCUCGUUGGCAUCAUCCCCUUCCUGGAGAUCCAGAGCGUCAUCUCGGGGUUCGGGUGGAAGUUUCAGCGGAACAGCAAAGGCAAAAUUCCGCGGGUUGCUUGGGGGAUGCAGUUGUUGGUGUUUUUUGGGUGGCUGUUUGCCUUUUGGAGUUUGGGAAGUCUGGUCGGCCUCGACAAAAAGACGACUGCGGGUGGAGGCAUCUUGCGUGCCUGUCUUGAGAGGAUCGGGGUCAUUGGGAUUUCGUUGAUGGCGAUGCUCAGCGGCUUCGCGGCCGUAUCAAGUCCCUGGCAUACUCUAGGCGCCCUCUCGGAACGGAGAAAGCGGCCCGUCACGGAAGCCGACAUCACGAGAAAGGAGGCCGGGCUGGAUGCUACCAACGAAAUGCUGUUGACAAAAAGACACCGUCUCCAAGCGCUGGAGCGCAAAGCGUCCGAGGCGCAGGCGGCAUCCUCCACUUCUGGCGGGUUCAUGGGCAAGAUGCUGGGCGCCGUUCGCGGUAUGGGUGGGGACGAGGCCGAGAUGCGCGCGCUGCGCUUGGAGAUCGCGGGCCUGGAGACGAUGGAGGCAAACCUCAACUCGUCGCUGGGCUUGAUGCGCUCGCGUCAGGCCGCCGACGCCCGCGCCGCGACAUCGCUGGGGAAGCUGCUCGCCGUGCCUCACUACAUCUUCAGCCUCUACUGCCUAUACCGAAUCCUGGCCACCAUGCUUGCAAUGCUGCGAAGGGCAUACUACCCCAGCUCAAGCUUCAGCUCCUCGGACCCGAUCAACCGCUUCCUGGGCCUGCUCGCACGGCACUGGGACCCCAAGCUGGACCAGAUCGCGUGGGCGCGGCAAAUCAGCUUCCUGCUAUCCGGCGUUAUCCUCGCGGCGAGCGCCAACAGCGUGCUUCAGACGUUCCACCUCUUCUCCAAGUGGAUGCCGGGCUUGCUGUACCAGGCGCAGGCGAACCUGGCGCUGCUUAUCGGGCAGAUCGCCGCCGUGUACGUCAUCAGUGCGGCGCUGCUGCUGCGGAGCAACUUGCCGAGGGAGAUGGGCAGCGCCGUCGGCGACGCGCUGGAGGGGGCGCUGGAGCCGCGAUUUGUGGACUUGUGGUUUGAAGGGUGGUUCCUGAUGAGUUGUACCGUUACGGGAUUGGGCGUGUGGAUUUCCAGAAAGAUUGGAAGGGACGAUUGGGAUGAAUUCGGGUCCGAGGAGAUGGGUGCCAAGAGGAUGUAA